CUUUUGUUGGAGCCUGAAAUACGAAAUGCCCACCACAUGCUCGACGGUUUGCCGCGAAGAAGAACACAUUCUUCCUGAACUUCAUUCUUCAGAAAUGGCUUCCAAUUCCAGAGCAAUCCGGUUCCCUUUCGCUACCCCUUCCAUCUUCCCAUCACCCGCCGAAGAAAACGGGUUCGGCGGCAUCGAGAGACCUUCACCGUCUCCUUCUAGCAUCUGAAGGACAGCCGUCAUCGAAGGACGAUCCGCCGGGUACCAUUGAAUGCACCACAGGCCAGCAAUGGUGAGCUUCCUCACAAUCUUGGCGUCUCCUUCUUCCUUGAUCCGAAUCCGAAACUCUUCCCCUUUGUCCAAAUGCUCGUAAACCCAUUCAGGGAAGUAGACCUGGCGCAGGCCGCCAUUCACAUCGGCUUCUUCGUUGUUCUUCCUCCCUCCAACCAUCUCCAGCAGAAGCAUACCGAAGCUGUACACGUCUGAUUUGUACGAGACAUUGCCGAAGUUUCUGGAGAAAACCUCCGGAGCUAUGUAUCCCAUGGUCCCUCGAGCCGCGGUCAUGGUGAUGGCGCUCUGGUCCUUGGCGCAGAGCUUUGCCAGCCCGAAAUCGGCUAUUUUAGGGUUGAAAUCGUGGUCGAGCAGGAUAUUGUGCGGCUUGAUGUCGAAAUGGAGGAUUCUCUGGUCGCAUCCUUGGUGCAGGUAUUCAAUCCCUUUCGCUAUCCCUAGCGCGAUUUCGUGCAACCUCUCCCAGCCGAGGCUGUGAAUGUGAGAUCCAUUACCGCCAUCAGUGGCGGAGAAGAUGAACUUUUCUAGGGAUUCAUUGGGGAGGAAUUCAUACACCAGAGCUCUUCUGAAUCCAUCCGCGCAAUAUCCUACCAACCGGAUGACGUUGACAUGGUGGAUUCUUCCCAUGGUUCCUACCUCGUUGAUGAACUCGUCACCAUUCUUGGCUACAGUUGAGCUGGUGAGGAUUUUGACAGCAACAUGGAUUUCCCUGGAGAGCCUGCCUUUGAACACUGUACCGUAAGCUCCCUCCCCCAAUUUAUCCUUGAAAUUGUUUGUGAUCCUCUUUAGAUCAGCAUAUGAGUAUCUUGCUGGCUUCAUAGCUUUGUAGUCUGCUAGGAACUUCUCUAUCUUGGCCUGGUUUUCCAUCUCGAUUCUGUUUGAAUGGUACAUGUAGAAUGAGACACCAACCCCCACUAGCAGCAGAAAAACUCCAACAACAAUCACUGCUAUCAUGAUCUUCCUGCGGCCUAUAAACAGUGGAAUGGGAAGUGAGGGAUAUGAAUAAUGUUACCGUCAGCUUACCCAAAUUACUGGGUUAGAGAAAUCAGAAGAAAGGCUACUUCUCCUCAAUCAUACCUUGAUUUCCCUUUGGCGGAACGUAGCAUUCAUAUCCAAUUGAGCUGUUCGUCGUCGAUCUACACCUCUGGCCUUGAGCUUCACAAGCUCCACACCCUGGUUCUGUCCAGUUCAAAUGCAGUGUAUUGAAUGGGGGAUUCACUACUUCAUCUGGAAUCAAUAAACUGGUGUACAUCUUGGUGCAAGAAGACAGGGGCAAAUUAUCGAUACUUAUGAGACUAUUGAAGGCAUAAACAUCGUAGAAGCCCGGAGUACUCAGGCAGGGUACUUGGUUGAACAAGUUUCUCUCCACAGCUGAACAGUUGAAGAAGACAUACCCCACUCCAAAAGUGGACAACCCUUGGUAUCGGAAUGGAGACGUCGACAGAUUGAAGUUUCUAGCCUGUCUUGCAAGGCAGCCAUUAGGGUCAACAGUUACGAUGCUCUGGGAUGUGUAGUCAAUCUUCUGGAUGUAAAGCUUCACUGAAUUUGGUAGCUCGAGCACCGUCUGCUGCAUCUCGUUGCAGGUUAAAUCAAACCCGGGAUAACCACAGGUGGCCGGCUGCCUGUCUUUUAGCCUGAACGGGUAUCUGAUCUUCGGACCGUGGCGACCGCAUCUUGUUUCCUGGCAGUAGGUAAGUCCUCGCCCAUGGUGGGCGAGUGCUAGCACGAGCAGGCAAACAAAAGGAAGAUGCUUCUUCAAGAGAUUAUCCAUCUAAGCGCAACGGCAGAUAUGGGUUUUCAGUCUCCUCUGAAUUUUAGAGAGAUGUACAUGUAUGGCAGUGAAGAAUGGUCGGAAAUGGUGGUAGUUCUGGAUGAGGUUGCUACUUGCUAAGGUCAAAUGAAGGCUCUGCAACUUUGGAAAAGUCAUGGUCAACUUCCAACUAGGAAAGAUGGGCCAAGUAUGGGUAGAAGUAGAAGUCAAAGAGUCUUUGAAUCAUUCGCUACAAAACAGCUAGAGGAAAAAAGUGGGCUUCUUUGAGUCUGAUACCAAGAAUGAAUUCUCACUUCCAGAAAGGUUGAGUCUACUUUCAGCACAUUUGACUUGGUCCGUAAAGUUUGAAAUUCAGGGCGGUCUCAUUUGUUCAUCUUUGACCAUAGAUGUUUCAGUUUUUGGAUCUUAACCUAACACCAAUAGGAUAAGGCUUGCUUUCUUUCUGUUAUUUCCCUUUUUUUCACAUCCAAAAGUGGGGAAUAUAUGGGAUAUGGCUGCGUUGAAGUUCUUCACGUUAACCGAUCUCUCUGUUGUGCUGCUUUUAGUUCUCGUCCUUCUCCAGAUAUGCAGCGCCCAGAACAGGCAUCGAUGUCCUCCUUCUUCCUGCGGCAACAUCCCAAUCAACUACCCUUUUCGGCUAAGAGGCGAUCCAGAGCACUGCGGCUAUCCUCUUUACGAGCUGGUCUGCGAGAACAACAUCACAGUGCUAUACAUCUCCGAAGGCAAAUACCACGUUCAAGCAAUUGACUACAACAAAGUGACAAUUCGACUCGUCGAUGCCGCCGUGCAGAAGGACAACUGCUCUACAAUCCCUCGUCACUCUCUGCUCAGACCCAACUUCACUGCUGCAAGUCCCUUCAACUGGAUCGGGUCGUACAACGAACAACCCAGGGUGGCAACGUUUAUGAAGUGCCUCAAUCCUGUGAAGAAGGAAGAUUUUCCUCGUUAUGUGGACACUGCUCCUUGUGUGAAUGGGACAUCGUAUUCUUAUGUGAUGCUUGGAGGCGAUUUGACGGAUGUAGGGGAUGCCUGCACGGUGGAGUUGAUAGUUCCAUCUUCACUGCCCAUCAGGGGCAAUGUCGGCAAUGUUUCGUUCCUCGACGUGCAUAAUGACUUGGUCGAUGGGUUUGAGCUUGUUUGGUAUCAAGUUGCGUGUAUAAGUUGCAGAGGGGCGGAAGUGUGCUAUUUGCUUAGUGGGUCUACCCCAGACUGCUCUGCAUCUACGGAGACCUUCUUCUAUUGGAUCAACUACACUUUCACAUAUCAGCGCUUGCUCAUAUUGCUGGUCAUUGGAGUAAUAGUCGUGGCCAGAUUGAUAUUCCUAGGCCCUUGUGUGUUGGGAUUCGUGAUCUUCAGAUGGAGGAGGAGACACUUAUCGAUGUUCGAGGGCGUAGAAGAGUUCCUCCGGAGCCAGAACAACUUCACUCCAGUGAGAUACUCUUACUCUGACAUCAAGAAGAUGACGAAUAACUUCAGGGACAAACUAGGACAGGGAGGGUACGGGUCCGUCUACAAAGGCAAGCUCCGCAGUGGCCAGUUUGCUGCAAUCAAGCUACUACUGAGCAACGACUCCAAAGGAAACGGGCAAGAUUUCAUCAACGAAGUCGCCACCAUAGGAAGGAUCCACCACGUCAACGUGGUCCGCCUUGUAGGCUACUGUGCCGAGAGGUCGAAGCGGGCCCUCGUCUAUGAAUUCAUGCCAAAUGGCUCCCUCGACAAGUACACUUCUUCAUAUGGAGGAGCUGAUGGCAAUGUCAUUCUGUCCUGGAACAGGAUGUUCAAGAUUUGCUCGGGCGUCGCCAGAGGUAUCGAGUACCUCCAUCGUGGCUGCGAUAUGCAGAUCCUGCAUUUCGACAUCAAGCCUCACAACAUCCUCCUUGAUGAAAACUUCACUCCGAAGGUCUCGGAUUUCGGCCUGGCGAAGCUCCGUCCUGCAGCAAGCGACAACACCAUGUCACUCACCGCAGCCAGAGGAACCAUCGGGUACAUUGCUCCGGAGUUGUUCUACAAGAACAUUGGACGUGUCUCGUAUAAGGCCGACGUGUACAGCUUCGGGAUGUUGCUGAUGGAGAUGGCGGGAAAACGGAAGGGUCCCACGAACCCUGUGGAUUCGAGUGGGAGCUACUUUCCUAACUGGGUUUACAACCAAGUGGUUUCUGGAGAAGUGGAAAGCGGCGAGACUACGACGACGACAACAACAGAAGACGAGAAGGUAGUGGCUAAGAAGAUGGUGAUGGUCGCAUUGUGGUGCAUACAGAUGAAGCCAGAGAAUAGGCCUUCGAUGGGCAGAGUUGUGGAGAUGCUUGAAGGUGACUUGGAGACCCUGCCAUUGCCUCCUAAGCCUGGUUUAUAUCCAGAUGCAACGCCGGUGAUCGGAGAAGAGGGUUAUUCCGAUGAAUCGUCGUGGUCGUCUUCCCUGUACUCCGAUGAAACGAUCAGUUUGGUUACGAGUUCGGAGUGAUGGCAUUUGGGUGGCUUUGCUGGUUUUGUGUUGUUGUAAAUGCUCUGAAUAGAACUUCUGCUUUUGUUUUCCUUCACGCCAUAGAGAAGCUUAGGAAAGAGAUGUGUGCAUAGUUUGUUAAUUGGAGUUAUUUGUAUAUUUUAGGGUUUCUUUUUCAAAUUAGUAUUCGACUUUGAAACUUGCAAUUGUAUAUGGUUUAUGUUUCAUGUGGAUUUGUAAGACUUUUUGAUUUUCAAUACAUGGUGUUAUUUCUAUA